UUUUGUGAGUCGAAGGAGAGACAUCAGCGUAUCAGUGCGCAGGCAACUACAGUAUUCUCGACACGUUGUUUUCUAUUUGUGGAUAUUUUAUCAAAUUGUUUCGAUAAAGAGGACAUAUAUACACUGACAAGUGACCCACAGAGCAGUCUCAGUGCUGUCGCUUUAAAGCGAACACCUCCCCCUCCCCUUCAUCUUGGAGCCCCCCCACCCACCCAAUCACGGAGAUAACAUGGACAGAUUCUAUGACCAGCAAGUCCCAUUUAUGAUCCCACCCAGUCACAAAUCCCAUGUGGAGGAAGUGGCGCACAACAGGCCUCUGAACGAUAGGAAAAGGAAAUUUAUUGACACGGAACUCGCCCAGGACACGGAAGAACUCUUCCAAGACCUAAGUCAGCUCCAAGAGAUCUGGAUCGCAGAAGCCCAGGUGCCUGAUGACGAACAGUUUGUCCCAGAUUUCCAGUCAGAUAACUUGAUGUUUCAUGGCCCGCCACCAGCCAAGAUCAAACGAGAGCUGACUCCUUCCAAAGAGCUUUCUCCUUGCCACCUAGACAGAAGUCCCAUGCCCUACGGAGAGAAGUGCCUUUACAGCUACAGUGCCUGCGACAGGAAGCCCACUCCUGGAUUCAAGCCAUUAACUCCCCCCUCCACACCAGUCUCUCCUUGUGGCCCCACCAGCACAGCAGUAACCCACCCACUGAGUGAGCAGACCCCCUCUCCCCACUCCCAUGUAGCCAACCCAACCCCAGGGGGACGUCCAGUGCACAUCCAACAGUCUAUAGCAGCCAGCACAGGCCCUCCCAACCAGCAGGCCCUUCCAGUCAACAGCCACAGCCCACCCUUCGCUGUGCCCUGUGCUCCCAUCAGCCAGGAUGCCAACAGCUUCACACCUGAGCACAGAUUUCAGAGGCAGAUGUCAGAACCAUGUUUACUUUUCCCCCCAUCUGAGAGUCAAGGCCGCCCCCAGUUCUUGCCCCAGCCUCCCAGCAGCAGCAGCAGCACCAAUAGCCUGCCACGUGAUGGCCGGCCACCAUACCACAGGCAGAUGUCAGAGCCAUUGGUGGCUGUGCCUCCCCAGGGUUUCAAGCAAGAGCUCAUCGACCCACGAUACACCGAGCAGGGUGUCCCCGCCAUGGGACCCCCAGGUCCACCCCCAGGCCCUCCACGUCAGGCAGCUUUCCACCCCAUGGCCAUCAAGCAGGAGCCUAGAGACUUCUGCUUUGAUUCUGAAGUGCCUAACUGUCAGUCAUCAUUUGGGAGAGCAGGGAGCUUCUACCAAAAUAACCAUGACAGUUUCUCCUUUGACAGAGAUGCUCAGCUAUACUUUGAUGAUACAUGCGUGGUUCCUGAAAGAUUCGAAGGUAAAGUAAAGCAGGAACCAUCAGUUUAUCGUGAUGGACCUCCUUACCAGCGCCGUGGCUCCCUGCAGCUCUGGCAGUUCCUGGUCACUUUAUUGGACGAUCCAGCCAACGGACACUUCAUAGCCUGGACUGGCCGUGGGAUGGAAUUCAAGCUCAUUGAGCCCGAGGAGGUGGCUCGUCGCUGGGGCAUCCAAAAGAACAGGCCUGCCAUGAACUAUGACAAGCUGAGUCGCUCACUGCGUUAUUACUACGAGAAGGGCAUCAUGCAGAAGGUAAAGGUGGCUGGUGAGCGGUAUGUGUACAAGUUCGUGUGUGACCCCGAGGCUCUGUUUUCCAUGGCUUUCCCCGACAACCAGAGGCCCAGCCUGAAGGCCGACCCAGACAGCCUGCCGGGGCUAGACGAUGACACCAUGCCCCUUACCCACUACGACGAAACUGCUCCCUACCUGCUGGAUGGCGGGGAGCAGUGUGUGGCAGGCCUGCCCUUUUCAGAUGGCUAUGGCUACUAAACGAGCAGCACUGGGGGGGCAAGUCCCCCAACACACAACACACAUGUACAUGCAAACACUCCCAAUAAGUCUCUCUGUGCCCACUCUUUAGAAUCCAGAGCUGGAACUGCCAAGCUACUUGGAUCAACAACCUGGCACUCUGCUCAUUCUUGGUUUCCUCUCCUGCUCCCUGGAAAAUAGAACUCUGUUGGCUCCCCGGCUGAGAAUGGAGGGGCUGGGGGGGGGGCCUGUGAGGCUCCCCUACUGCACCAUAAGAGAGAGAGAGAAGAGACGGUUGUAAAACCAAUGAGGGUGAACUGGACCGGGUCACUCCGCAGGGGGGGCUGCUGUUGCUGUGGAGACCAAAUUAAGCACAGCCACAACCAGCCAAUUUUAAGUGGACUGAUAGACCCCACCCCCUACCCCUCCUUUUGUAAGAGACUGGGCGGAGAAAAAAGUUACACUUCUGAUUUUGUGACAAUCUGCUUUUCUUAAAAAAUCACAUAAACACCAGAGUGAAAACAUGACAAAUCUAAUGAGAUAUUCUAAAUGCACCACUACUUAAUAGUUGCCUUUAUGGUCCCCCAACUAUUCAUGUCACUACAUUUGCCCCAUGAGAUCCGUGAAAGGGCUUCAAUUUGCAUAAAAACGGAUUGACAAAAAAGACAAAGAGCAUUAUGUUAAACACAUCUCUGUAGAUAAGACAACCUCGUUUGUUUGGGUUUUGGUUGUUGUUUUUUUUUAUUUUUAUGUGCCAGCUGUUUUAUGAUUCUAUCCAGACUUCAGAGACCCAGAGCUCUCAGGUUGUUUCUGGGGCGUUGCUGUAUUUCAGGCUAGUUGGUUGGGCUGCUCUCUCGUGUAAAUGUUCUUUAACUGUUCUGCCCGUGUAAGAGAUUGUAUCUGCUUCCCUUUAAAGACUGCACCCCACAGUAAGAGCCUACAGUCUAUACAGUACACUCCUCAUGUCCUUUCAUCACUGCUGGGUCUGUAUUGCUCAAACUUUAGCAUAACACUCCCAUCUCUUGUUUUUUUUUUUUUUUUUUUUUCUUCAGUUUUUUUAAAUGGACACAUA